UAGCUAGCUAAUCAUAAAUUCAAAAUUGGAAAACUAAAGAUGGGGUCGAGUAGUGAAGAACGCUCAGAAAUCGUCUUCUUCGAUUUGGAAACCACAAUUCCUUCCCGACAGGGUCAAGGUUACGCCAUUUUAGAGUUUGGAGCGAUUCUGGUGUGUCCUCGAAAGCUGUUGGAGCUGGACAGUUACUCAACCCUGAUAAAGCCUGCCGAUCUCUACUCUGUCUCCGUUGCUUCCGUUCGUUGUAAUGGAAUCACCAGAGAUGCCGUUGCCUCUGCUCCUAGUUUCCGAGAAGUCUCCGAUAAGAUCUUCGACAUGCUUCAUGGUCGAGUUUGGGCGGGACAUAAUAUAGAGAAAUUCGACUGCGUAAGAAUUUGGGAGGCAUUUGCAGAGAUAGGGAAGCCGGCUCCACAUCCUAAAGGAACUAUAGAUUCAUUGAAAUUGUUGACCCAUACAUUUGGAAGGAGAGCUGGGAACAUGAAGAUGGCAUCUCUAGCAACUUAUUUUGGACUUGGCCAGCAGACUCAUAGGAGCUUGGGUGAUGUUCGGAUGAAUCUUGAAGUUGUCAAGAACUGCGCUGCAGUUUUGUUCUUGGAAACAAACCUUUCAGAUAUAUUUACACCCUACAGUUGGGUCUCUCCAAAUAAUGGUACAGCAAGGACUCGUAGCAAUGGAAAAGCUUCACCUGAUGAAACAAACCAAAAUAUGUCUACCCAUAUUGAUCAAAUGAAAACAGAGAGUCUGCAAGUGGAUGACAUUAUGGAAGAGAGACUCAUAUUAGAGUCUCCAGCGACGUCUUCCACUCCAGUGUCAUCCGAAGGUUGCAGUGGCUAUGCUGGCUUCUUAGCACCAGAUGAAGUCUCAAUUCCUUCUAUUAGGGCAUCCUAUGUCCCAUUUUUUCGAGGCCAGAAGAUACAACUAUUGCACCAAGAUGUCCUUUUUCAGCUAAGUUCCACUGGUUUGAGAGUGCGUUACGGAGUAAGCUCAAAGUUUUUCGACAAAGCUGGUAGGCCGCGAUUGAAUAUAGUGGUUGACAUACCACCAAGCUUAUGCCAGGUUCUUGAUGCUUGUGACCAUGUUUCACAAAAAUUGACUCUGGAUUCUGGUAGCAGCUCAAGGUGGAGGCCUAUUGUGAAUAGGAAGAAUGGCUUAAUUCCUCCAACAAUCCGACUGAAUAUACCCAUUAUAGCAAAUGGUGACAUUGACAUCUAUGAGACAGAGAUAUACCAGCAAGAAGCUUCAGGCAAUGCUCAGAGGCUUGUGUUCAGUAAAUUUGAUCCAGGUGAACUUGAUUCUUUAUUUCUUCCAGGAACUUUGGUGGAAGCUUACUUCUCCUUGGACUCGUAUGAUUAUCAACAAAAUGUUGGUAUUCGAUUAGUGGCAAAAAAAUUGAUCAUCCACUCCGGAUAGUUGGAGAAACUGUCAAGAAAAGGAAGAAGGCAUAUGAUAUGCCCAAGGGGGCGAAAUCCCAUGUACUAUUGAUUUCAAUUAUUGGAUUGUAUACUUGUAUUUGACUGUAAAUUUCACUAACUGAUUCAAUGAAAAAAGCAAUUGUUUU